AUGGAAUUCUGGGCCCUAGAAGGGUCAGGCAGGAAUCCUGAAGUACCAUGUGGGGCCUCAAGGAACCCUGAAAUAAAAGCUCCUCAGCUUCAGAGUGAAAUCCCACUCAACUCCAGAGUUCCAGGGAGCAGCAAGGAGAGACAAGAGGCCUUCUUCAAUGGACAGCGCAAAGAUGCAGAGGAAGACAACAGAAAGGGUAAGACUCAAGAUCUCUUCAAGAGAAUUGGAAGUAUUGAAAGAACGUCUCAGCCAAAGAUGGGCACAAUAAAGGACAGAAAUGAUAAAAACCUAAUAGAAGCAGAAGAGAUCAAUAAAAGAUGGAAAGAAUACACAGAACUAUACAGAAAAGAUCUUUACGACCUGGAUAACCAUGAUGGUGUUGUCUCUCACUCAGCAGACAUCCUGGAGUAUGAAGCCAAGUGGGCUGCCAAUAAAGCUAGUGGAGGUGACGGAGUUCCAGCAGAACUGUUUAAAAUCCUAAAAGAUGAUGGUGUGAAAGUGUGGCACUCAAUAUGCCGACAGAUCUGGAAAAGUCAGCAGUGGCCACAGGACUGGAAAAGGCCAAUUCUCAUUCCAGUUCCCAAGAAGGGCAGUAGUAAAGAAUGUUCAGACCACGUAAUAACUGUCCUCACCUCCCACGCUAGUAAGGUUACGCUCAAAAUUCUCCAAGCUAAGUUUCAGCAUUACAUGAACCAAGAACUUCCAGGUGUUCAAGCCGGGUUAAGAAAAGGCAGGGGAACCAGAGAUCAAAUUGCCAACAUUCGCUGGAUCAUAGAGAAAGCAAGAGGAUUCCGGAAAAACAUCUACCUCCAUUUAACUGACUACGCUAAAGCCUUUGACUGUGUGGAUCAUAACAAACUGUGGAAAACCCUUUAA